AUGUCUAAGCGUCAGCACUCGCACCUCGAUGUCGACCGCACCGGGAAAAGGCCGCGUCGUGUGCCAAAGAAGCACCUCUACCUGGUGUUGGAUGAUUGGCACAAGGGUUUCAGCAUCCACAGGAUCGACAUCGACGCCUUGCAGGACACCACCACCGACCUGCACCAUGGGUUCUCUGACCCCGCUGCUCUCCGGUUAGCCGCACCGGUAAAACGUCUUCACAUGGAGUUCGCCGCCAUGGGCAGCGACAUCUUCAUCACCACCAACCCAUGCUGUCCACACACUCCCGCCCUCGUGUUCGACACCGAGACGGCUGGGCUCACCAUGGGCCCCCGCCCACCGGUUCGACUCAUCGACACGACCACCUUCACUGUGGCUGCCGGUGGCAUGCUGUACGCGUUGACGCAUCGCCAUGUCCACGAGCAGCACUCUUUCGAGGCCAUGUCGUGGGCGCCAAUGGACAAGGACGAGCCGUGGCCGAGCCCAACCAUGAGGUGGUCCUGGAAAAGUGUGCCCUCGCCGCCACCAUUCGCCAUGGAUGACGUGAUCACCUCUUACGCACUGCACCCGGACGGGCACACCAUAUUCAUGUCUGCGCAUGACAUACGCUAUCAUCAUCUUCCAAAGGGCACCUUCUCCUUCGACACCAGGACUUCCGAGUGGAGGUUGCAUGGGGAUUGGGCUCUACCGUUCCAAGGACAAGCCUACUACGACAACGGGCUAGACGCAUGGGUCGGGCUUCAUAAGGACGGGUAUAUCUGCUCCUGUGAAGUCGCCUCCCCCAGCAGCACAAGUGCGGUGGAGCCGGAGUGGAAGGUGACCAAGGAGAAGCUGUUCCACAAGGACCCGGAGAGGCGGCUGGCAUUUGCGAGGCCCAGUCUCGCGUACAUGGGCGACGGCAGCUUUUGCCUUGUGGAGUCUGUGCUACGCGAGGGAGUGGAGUUUAAGUGUGCCUUUGGUGACCGUGAUGGCUGUGUGCUCCACAUGAGCACGUUUGGUCUUAAGUAUGAUCGUAGGGGAGAACUGCAAACCACGCGCCACCACACUAACUCCUUUGUAGUGUCUAAGCAUCUCCAGACAGUUUCUCCUGUAGUGUUCUGGAUGUAGAGCUAUUCGUUGACAUGUUUUAUGCAAACCAUGUCCGAGAGUAAAGUAAGCUAUGUAUUAUAUGUGGCAGUAUAAAGAGAAAUAAAACAGAAGUC